GAGAUUUCCGGCGGCAUCAUGGCUGGAGGAGGCGAAUAGACGGAGGAUUGCGGGGAGCAGGAGAGGAUCAGGAGGACAGCAGGAGGUAGAGGUAGAAGUGUACAGUCAAGAAAGAAGCGAGCAGGAGAGAAGGGAGAGAAAGCUGCAACCUCUCUUGAUCAGAAAUGAGCGGAACGUUCUAUGGCAGAGAGCAUUUCGAUGCUCAGUUGAUCAUAUCUCAGAUGUGCGUCAUGCAGGCUUUGCACUACCUCGCACUUGGCGCCUCUUUCUUCUUGAUGGAUUCUUUGAUGGGAGUGCCAAUCUCACUAGAUCAGUUCUUUACAUCAAACGUAUUUGAGAACAUGUCAACAAGGCUGGCAUGGGCUACUGUUUUUGCAGUUUUUCUAUGUGCAGUCUGUGAUGUCGGGUUUCUAUAUGUGGUGGUGGAGAGGGCUAAGAAAUGUCUUGAUUUUGGGACGACGCUCUAUGGAUUUCAUAUAUUGAUUUGCUUUCUUUAUGACGGACUUCCAACUCACUGGGUUUGGUGGUUUUGCAACAUAUUAGCAACGAUAUUUACUGUGAUCUCGGGAGAAUAUGUCUGUGCUCGGAGGGAAAUGCGUGACAUUACAAUAGUACGUGGUGUUUGA